AUGUCAUCAUCAUCAUCUCCGAGUAAACAAAAGAAAGAGACGAAGGAAGAAGAGGCGGUGUUGAAAUCGCUCUCGUCCUUGGACGCGUUCAUCGACGAGGUGCACACGAGUUUGAUCUCGCUCGACUUGAACGAACCUCCUUUAUUUUUCGCUUUGAAAGCGCUUCAGAGACGAAGUCAGAAAGAGGACGAAGAUAUCGGACCAACUCACUUGCCGAUACCGAAGCAGAUGAUCAUGGAGUUCGGCGUCGGCGCUGGACACACGCUGAAGAAAAUCAAAGAGUUUUUCCCGGUUGGGAAAACCAUCGUCGGUUUCGAUUCUUUCGAAGGCCUUCCGGAAAACUGGAUACCUGGGUCCUGGGGCAAAGGGGCGUUCUCUCAGGGCGGGGAGAUUCCAAAAGAUAUUCUUGGAGAAAACGUGUCCAUCGUGAAAGGUUUAUUCAGCGACACCGUUCCGAAAUUUUUUGAUACGACCAACUUUGCAGACGCAGAGCUCUUACUUCUGCACAUCGACUGCGAUUUGUAUCAAAGCACGAAAGAAGUUUUGGGCGAAGCACUGGCCAAGACUUUGAAAGAGAACAGAUUUUUCAUGUCCGCCGAAGUGCCGCUUUUCGUCGCGUUCGACGAGCUCAUCGAUUACCCAACCUACGAAGAUCACGAGAUUAAAGCUCUGUUUGAAUUUCUCAAAGAAAACAAGGACUGGAUCGAGUGCGUCGUGUUGGGCGCUGACGGACGAGAAGAUACCGGCGAAAAGUUACGUUUUUACAAACCGGCGGAGAUCUGUCCUCACAGAGUUUUGACGCUUUUCCGCCCGACGAAAAAGGCGCGGAAAGAGUGGCAAGCGAGAGAAAAAGCGAGUGCCGCCGAGGCAGAGAGUAAGAAGAACGUCUGCUCGAUGAGUUGA